AUGAGCCAUUCAAGUUCUGUGAGCAAGAGAUGUUUCAUCACCAUCACUACGACCCUGUUUCUGUUGCUGGUGACAACAACCAAUGCCACCCUCCCAGACCAAAAGGGACAAACAAUCUUUGCAAGCCAGUUCUUGAUUCCCCAGAAUGCUGCACGGUUGGCGCUGAGAAUGCGGCCAUUGGUGUGGAGCGCCAAACUAACACGCUACGCUCAGUGGUAUGCAAACCAAAGAAGCAAUGAUUGCGCCCUUCAGCAUUCUAAUGGACGAUACAGUGAGAACAUAUUCUGGGGUAACGGCACUGGUUGGACCCCAUCACAAGCUGUCAAGGCUUGGGUCGAAGAGGAGCAAUGGUACAAUCACGACCUUAAUUCUUGUGAUGAAGGACAAAUGUGUGGACAUUAUACUCAGAUUGUGUGGAACAACACUAGGAAGGUUGGCUGCGCUAGCGUUACCUGCUCUGGUGACCAGGGUACGUUCAUCACUUGUAAUUAUCAUCCUCCUGGCAACUACAUUGGAGAAAGACCUUACUGA